AUGACCCCAAAUAUUCCAAAAAUGGUUAUGUGCAAUAUGGAGCAUGUUAUGAUACCAAGACCUCCUCCUUUAGGGCCUUUGAUGUCAAAUCUAGGUCAAUUGAUUCCUUCACUUGGACCACCACCACUCAAGGCCCAAACAAAAACGUCACGUACUUCUAGCAAAAACAGCACUAGAUCUCAAGGUGGAUUCAGAUUGGUGGAGAAUCAGGAUGACACAGGAAGUGUAUACAGCGUGUACAAGCAAAAAAUCGACUCGAUGUUUGAAUCUGAUUCCAGCAGCGCCAAAAACAGCGUACAGGCUAAAAUUGAAAAAAUGUUCACUGAAGUCGCAAUCGAUAAUGGAAUUCCACUGAACGAGAUAGGUAUCCACACUUUUUCUGUGGACUAUUUGGGCAGCGUACCUCUACAAGACAAAGUAACAAGCUUAUCAGGUCUUCAGACACCUCUGCGUCAACUCUACUUCCAAUACAAAAAAAUUACGAAACACAAAAAAACUUUAACUGGGAGGCUUGAGAUAUCCUGUCAAGGAUUGAAAGUGCAAUAUCAGGGUGAUAAAGGUGAUUUGGAGCAGCUAAACUCCUUUCCCACCAUAGCUGUGUGGUCUGCGGUAAAGUUUGUCAUACAAAAUUCGAACAAAUAUGCUUUUUUGCCAUUGAUAACGGACCCUGACAAUAUUGACAAACAAGCUCUGUUCAAAUCUUUGAAUGAUGGUGAAAAAAAAUACAUCAACGCCGAAUCACAUUCGCCUCUAUUUGCAGUCGUUAUGAGGAAAAUUGGGGUGCACAAGCAACUAGAAUGUCAUGGCUUCGUUUGUCAAACAUCAGAAGACGCGAUAGUAAUAGCAGCUACGUUGUAUAAAUCGUUGGUUACCCAUAUGAAAGCCAAAGAAAAAAAGCCCAGGAACAAAAACGGGGUAACGUGUAUGUCAUUGGCGUCCAGCACCUACCAUGAUGGUUCCAUGCCUGUACGACCACCAAGGAAGAAAAGAAGCACCACAUCUUCAAUAGUCAGUGAAAGUGACAAUUUACAGGUCUCUGAUACACAACCACUUUUGUCCCCACCCUCAAAGCAACCAAAAAAGAGCACUAAAACCAGAAGAGCCCCUAAAGCCCCCCUAACACAAGCACACCAAGAUUUGGACGCAAUAAUGCCGUACGAGGAACCAGUCAAAAUCCAGGAUCUCUCAAACAACUCAAAGGAUAAAAUUUUGAAUGACAGUGGCAAUCAGUACAACGAAAUUGCCGAAAUUAAGCCAAAAAAGUUUUCAGAUAAAAUAAGUACUUACAUGAGCAGAGAACAGAAACAGAUCACUGAAGAAAUUAAACAGGUCAUGAGUGAGAGUUCUUCAAAGGGUUUGAAGAAAGUGCAAAACAUGAGGAAGUCCGAUGAUGAUACUAUGAGAAAAAAAGAAAAUUCUGGGGAUAUUCUUACGAAGGUUACCAUACCUAGAUCUGGAAGUUUUUUGAACACAGGUGGACUGACCAGAUACAAAAACAAAAUAUCCAGAAACAACGAACAAGCUAGCGGUGGUUCCCCUCUAGGCUUUAAGGAAAUCUUCCACGAACUAAGUAUACAAGAAGGGCUACACUCAAUGGAUGAUAUUCUAAGCGUUAUAAUAGACCCUGAAGGAAUGUCCUUCAACGAUCUAAAACCGAUAUAUAAAGAGUUUUUAUUGAAGUUAUCCGUAACACUAACAAAAGAUGAACUGUAUCAACGAUCGAAAUCCAUAAUGAGGCGACAAAAAAAGAAGUUAUUGAGAAGGAAUAGCAAUUUGAACAAGUCGCAUCACAUUAGAGUAGGUGCAAAGAUCAAACGUUUGAAGCACAUAUUCCAGAAGAGUUUCAGAUCUAAACUUGUAAAAAACAGUAACAAAAGUAAUAAAAGUACGAAAGAAGUUGAAAAACCCAACCCAACCGAAGGCAAACCCCCUGAAAGUAGCAUUUCAACGUCCUCAUACGAUACAAGACAGUUUAGGCCAAAAGACGAAACACCUGGAAACGCGAAGAAACAAAGCUACAGAAAAAAACAAAACGAACUCAACAGAAGCAGACGGGAUAGAACUAGCACUUCAGAGGAAAGCGAUUUUUUUUCCCUAAAGAGAAACAAAAGCAAAUCGCAAAGUCUAAACAACCAGAACAGAAAUUCCAGUAGUGGAUACGUAUCCUGUUCAGAAUGCUCGUAUGAUUCCGAUACUUGUACUUGCAUAUCGGCUGAUAAAUGCUACUGCUCGCUAGGUAACAAAAACCAAUCGCGCAAAUCAAACUGUAACACCUGCAAAACUUCAGAUAAGUGUUACUGCUCUCUCAACCCUUCCAGCUUCAGUUUCUGCGGUUGCGACACCGAUAGCUGCGCAGAGAGUAACAAGUGCUACUGUGCUUCGACUCCACGCAAUUCCACCAUCUUGGAGCAACUAAAACAGCGCGGGUUCAUGCCUAAAAACAAUAUGGUGGAAGGUGCGCCAAAGCACAGGAAAGUAUGCAAGAACAACUCAAAUACUAAGAGCACUAGAAGCUUGGAGUACAUGCCCAAUCCCAGCGAGAAGUACUAUGAGAAACUCAACUCAACAAGAGGUCACCAAAUACCACCAACACGAAGAAGUGUAAGCCAAGAUAACUUGGCUUUAGACUACGACAUAUUUGCUAUCACCAACGGCAUCAGAAACCUUCACAAUAGAGCUGCUUUGUACUCCAGGUCAAUAAGCGAGUGUGGUCAAAUUAACCUGAGAAAUCAUGAAAGCAUGAGGAGUUUUAGCUCACACGCGUAUGGAAAUAACAGAGGUAGAUCAGCCAUUUCAUCUGGACAAUGUACUGAAGCUCUUUCAGUGAAAAAAUCGGCUGAAAUAGCGGCUUUAUUUGCCGACAUAAAACUCAGUCAAACCACUGAUAUAACUCAUCUAUCGAGGAAUUUUGAUAUGGAUAGCUUGUUACAAUGUAGAAAUACUUACAACAACUACCAAUCACAGGGCCCUUAUACGAAGUCUAGCAGUAAAAAUGGUAUUAAAAGGGGGAGUCAUAAAAUGGUGGAAAAUUCGCUAUACUCUUCAAAAUGUAACGGUGGAAAAAAUAACAUGUACAGCACCAAGAAUGGGUUAUACACCAUUCAGAGUCAAAGUGAAUCUGGUAGUGGGAGUGAUAGAAGAAGAAGACGACAGGAGAAACCCAAAUAUUUUGAGUUGGAUCCUAAGUAUACGAGGAAACUACAAAAUGAGGGAAAUAGUUUAGAAAACUCGCUUGGUUAUCUACCUUGA